UUCAAUUUUUUUUAAUAUUUAAUUCUAUCCCAUUGGAUUAACUAAGAUUACGAAGAUAGGCCAGCCAGAAUUCCUUUUAUUGUUAAAUAAAUGGAAGUGAACUCUACCGAGUACUUAACAACCUGUCUCAAGUCCAUCCUAACGGUCCUCAAUCCCUACAUCGCGUCAUCUACAAAUAACGCGUCUACUUUCUCCCCUUUGUGCUCCACCAACAAUAAUUCCAUCCACCAGGAAAUCCAUCCAGGAGGUUUCAAUUUCUCGCCAGACGGGAACAACUCCAGAGCAGCCGCCGUGGCUAGAAACAUCAACGACUACAUCAGUAACAUGAUGACCCCUAACCCCGAGUCCCUCAAUUCGCCCGGAAUAUUUAACAACUACCAACCUAACGCGACCUCGAGCUUGUCUUGCUGCAAUAAUACCAACCAGCUAGCCGAUCUUAGCGGGUCUUUGGCCGAUAUGCAGCGACACGGGGAAGUUAUGGACGAGACUAGGGACGACGGAGGAGACGGCGGUAUUAUCGGCGGGAAUAACAAUCUCAAUUACGAAAAUUUGAGUAACAUGGUCUUGCAGCAAUCCAUAUCGGCUCUCGCCAACGCUAGGAAAGGCGGCCUUGAUAAGCGUCAUCAUCAUAUUCCGGCUCAUCAAAAUUAUAUUAAUAAUAGUAACGCCAACAAUAAUAGUACUAUCCCCAAGUCACACCACAUUCAUCAUCACGCCAAUCAUUUGGAAUCCAACACGAACCAUAAUCACAACCAAAUACAAAACAGACACAAUAUUUCGCAAGGACCCUUUACCUCGAUCGAACCCAAGGAUGAGAAACCGAAGGCCCAAGUAACCUGGCAUACUUACAAUUCGCAAUGCUGCGAUGUCACCGUAAUCUUAGUGCAUUCUCCAACGUGCCCUUCCAUCGCACCCCCCGCCGUUUUACACAAUAAUCUAACGAACCAAAUGGCUAUGUCUACCAACGAUAUUUCUUAUCAAAAUUCCUUACAUAACUCUCAAAUAGAUAUCAAGCAGCCUUUAGCCAAUUUGACUGACAUGUGCUUAGCUGACAUGAACCAAACUCAAGAGGACAACGAGGAAGAAGAGGAAGAUUAUAAGGACAGUGAUAUCGUAUACGGGCCCAAGCAAAACAAGACGCCGCGGAGGGGAAGCAAAAAACGUCGGAACGAACUGCGUCAAAAGAGAAAAUACGUAAAAUGGACGCGAGAAAAGAUGGUCGAGGCUGACACGCUUAUAGAAGAAGCUAUUAGGCGCCAAGAGAGAAAUCAGACCACAGCCUUGAGGAGCCAAGAAAAUCCGGCGGAAGUGAAUGCUGGCGAAGGAUAUUCCGGUGCGAAUAAUGGCGAAGAAAUGGAUGACCUGGGCGAACUCUCUGAUUUGAACGUGAAAAAGCUCAGCGAGAUGUUACAGGUUUCCCUCUCCUCGCUCUACAAGUACCUCAAAUUAACGAGGCCUGAUUAUGAAGGGGGCCCUCGCAAAAGCCUGGUUUACACCCUGGACGAGGGCUACAUCUCAAAUAGUAUCAAGAGGGGUCGGCCCGUAUCCAACAACAAGAGGGCGAAGGAGAUGGAGAUACGGGAAGAGGUGACGAAAAUUAUGUCCAUAAUGGGGGAUCCCAACGGGAGCGGCUUGAUUUUACCCAAGGGAGGGUUCAACAUCGCGUAUCUGAUGGAACGUUUGCCCGAUCAUUUAAAGUGCAGCAAGGAUUCGCUGAGAACGUACCUUAGACGCAUGAAUUGGAUGGAGAAAAAGAAGAGGGUCAACGCGCUCACGGCUUGCAACGUUCGGCUUAACGCUGGCGGAGGUGGCGACGCCAAUAUGGCUGCCGACACUGCCAACGAGGUGAGUCACGAUGAUGCCGAUAUCGUUAAAAGGGAGGAUGAAGAGGAAGGCAGCAAUAGUGACGACAUUAACAGUAUACCGACUGAGGUUUCUACAACAAUUAAUAAUGUCAGUCGUGCCAUUGCUAUUCGGAUAGGAUCUUCGCUGGGAGCUUUUAGAUUAGCGCCCGUAGACAUAUUAUUCGCCGGGACGCUGCACCUUAAUUUUCUGGGAGAUUCUAAUUUCACCACUAGCGUCGUAUUAUCCAGUGGCGGAUUAUUGGCCCAUUACGAAUUCGAUUGCUUAGAACCGCCUUCCUCGAACCUGGAUAUCCUUAAAAUGGGCUUGACUCCUUGCAUAGACGAAACUUUAUCCAAAUACAGCGGCAAUAUGAAUCCCAUGGAUAACAAGAGCAAGAUAUUGGUGGUAGACCAAAAUGUCGUGAGUUUUCGCGAGAAAGUUGUGAAUCCGCUCGUCGGAAAUGGUAAUGAGUUGGAAACGUACUACCACACCCGGUACAGAUGCUUUGACGGGAAAUCCGACUCCAUUUUGAAAAGCGUCUUGGUGAUAAAUAACACUUACGACGAUUUCAAGAAAUUCCGGGAAGCUUCCCCUUUGCGCUCCUUCUUAGCUUCGCUCGAAACCUACCUUGAGGGAAGUUUGACCACGGCUUUUAACUCGACCGGCGUCUCUGAUUCGGCUCUUAUAGUCAGGUCCAGCCUUAGAGACUAUUUUGAAAACGCGAAAAAGACCGAUUACAGUUAUAUUUAUCAAAAUAUGGCGCAGAUAUUAUGGUCAACACAAUAGCCUCAUCAUUGUAUUUACUUAUUUAUUUUUUUAUAAACUAUUAAUAAAGGAAUAUUUUUAAAAAAAAAAAAAAUAAGAUUCUCUUUGUAAUAUUUAUUUAAUAUUUACUUAAAAUUAAAUUUUAAUUUAUUUAUAAUUUU